AUGAAAUUUACCUUAUUUUUGUUUUUAAUUGCAGCCUCUUUUGCACUUUACGAAGAAGAUUUUCUAGACAAUUUUGAAGAUGACUUAGAUGAUUAUGAAGAUUUCUUUGACGAUGAUGAAGAAGGUUUUCUCGAUGAAAUGGACGAUGAAGAUGAUUUUGAUGACUUUGAAGAAGCAGAAUUAGACGAUCUCAACAACGAUGAAAAUGAUGAAUAUGAAUUAGAACAAGAUGCUGGUGCAGCUGACCCAAAUGCUGCACAACAAGGGGCUGAUCCAAAUGCUGCACAACAAGGAGCUGAUCAAAGUGCUGGGGCACAAGGAGGAGCUGCUGGUUCAUGGUCACAAGAAGCUGAGAAUCAAGGUGGACAAUCACCUAAUGCCAUUAUAGUUUCUGCCCAACGUUUAAUCGCUGAAAUGCAAGCCACUAGAUAA